AUGAGUGGAAACAUAGGGUCAUCAUUUGUAUGUGCUACAUGUGGUAAAAAUUAUUCUAGAAGAGAUUUUCUUACGAGACAUGAAUUGAAUCAUAAAGGUAUAAGACCUUUUAAAUGUGAACCAUGUAAUUUACAAUUUACAAGAAGAGAUAUGCUUGUUAAACAUUAUAGAUCAAACUCUCAUAAGAAAUUUGAAGAGAAAAAUGUCAGUGAUACCAGAGCUGGUUCUUCUUUAAAGAAUGAAAUUACAGAUAUUUCAAGUCCGAAAAGACAAUCUUCACCAUCAAUUAAAUCAGAUUCGAUUCCUUCAACAUCAAAUGUGAAAAAAUUAAGAAUUGCAAAUUUUUUAAACGAUUACGAUGAAAAAAUUCAUACACCACCUCUUCAACCAACUAUAAUUAGACCAUCUUCUGCUUCUGGUACAUUAUCUGGUGGUUCUGUCGAUGUGAAUUUUGGUAAUUUGAUUUCAACAAAUAUUGAUCCUUCUAAAAAUUAUGAUCCAGAAAAUAAUUUACCUUCAGGUUAUAUAAAGAGAAGAUUUGCAUCUAAAUUUGAUCAAAAAAAAAUUUCAUCAUCUGAAAAUGGAGAAGAACAAGAAGAAAGUCCUAAAGAAUUUUUAUCACUUUUAGAUAUGAGUGGUGGGUUUAUUGAUAAUUUACUUUGGUUAUUUACAGAUAAUUUCCCAUCAGAAAUGAUUGAUGACGUUAAUAACUUGAAUAAUAUUCCACAUCCUGAAAGUGAAGUUAUUGAUGUCGAUGCAACACAAAAUUUUGAUAUUGCACCUGCAUCUUAUGAUCUUGCAGAAAUUCAUUCUCAUAUGUUUGGACAAAAAAAAGUUAAACUUAUAGAAUCAACAAGAUUGAAAAUUUUAGAAAUUUUUGAUGAAGUUGAAGCUUUAAAAAAUGUUUCUUUAUCAAGAUUUGAUGAAUAUAUGGAUCUUUAUUGGUUUAAUUUUGCUCAAUCAUUCCCCAUCAUUCAUCAAGUUACAUUUGAUCCAAAUGUGGCAAAUAUUUAUUUACUUGUUAGUAUUUUGAUUAUUGGUAUGGCUCAUACUGCUGAUAGGUUAGAAUAUGAAUUAUCUAUAGUAUGGAAUAAAAAAUAUAGGAAAGUCAUUAGAGAGGUCAUUGAUGAAAAAACUCAAUUAUCUUUACCAACAAUGCAAGCUUUAAUUUUACAUAAUUUUUCUGCAAGGAAUUUUGGUGAUACAACUUUAUGUCAAAUUUCACAAAUUGAUCAUGGAUCAAACUUAUUAUAUUUAAAAUUCAGUGGGUUUUUGGAUAAUUUAGAUGAACCAAUUAUUUCUAAAUCAGAAAAUACAACAAAAGAGGAAUUAUAUAACCAAUGGCAAAAUUGGAUAAUUUAUGAAACUUCUAAAAGAACUGUUUUUUUUGAAUUUAUUUGUGAUACUCAACAUAUAACUUUUAGUAAAUUGGAAUUAUCAUCUUUUGAUAUUAAAUUAGAAUUACCUUGUUCAGAUGAAGUUUGGAAUGCUUCAACACCAGAGGAAUUCUUUGCAUCAUAUCAAAUUCAACCAAAUAAUUUAGUUACAAGACCUAAACUAAAUAUUCAUAAUGAUGUGAUUGAUAAUAAUGAUGAAUCUAAAGAUGACACGGAAGAUAAAGUUACAAAAGUUGUUAUGGAAAGAUAUGUAACAAGUAAUUUGAACAAUAACAAUAAAGUUUUGGGCAAAUGGCCAAGUUUUUUUUGGGGUGUGAAAUCAUUAAUGAUGGAAUAUAGAGAGAAUCAAAGAGAAUUCUCUUUAAAUUGUUAUUCUCCUUUCACAAGAUAUAUUAUUUUGCAUAGUUUAAUUCGUAUUUGCUGGCAUACUAGAGGUCAUGGUCUUUUAGAUUUAGGUAUUAUAUCACAAAAUCGAUUAAAUGAUUUUUUCAAUAAAUUAGAAUUGGCAUUUGCUAAUUGGAAAGGUUAUUUUGAUUUACAUAUUAAAUUAUAUGAUGAUCAAGUCAAAGCAAGAAAUGCAUUAAGAGAAUCUGGUUCAGAAAAUACUAAUGAACAAUUUAUGAAAGAAUCAGGUGUUAGAUCUCAAGUAUUAUUGAAUAAUUAUGGUCCAACGAAUGCAUGUUGGGCAAAUUUAAGUUUGUUUUACACAGGAUUAUUCACAUUAUAUGCAGAUAUAAGUUCACUUUCCAAAUUUGCUAAAGAAUAUGAUCGAAAAUGGUCAUCAGGUAAUAUUAAUAACAAUAAAAUUAAUCAAAAUAUUAAAGAGAUUGAAUAUGCAAGAAAUGAUAUACUUGUUGAACAAUGGGCUGCAUCUUCAAAUGGGGAGAUUGCGGUUGUGGAAGCUUGUAAAUUUUUGAUUUUAGUUUAUAAACAUGAAGAAACUAUAAAUACAUUCUCUCAUGUUCCACCAUCCGUAUAUAUUGCAGUUUUAAUUAUAUGGAGUUUUGAAAAGAAAAUUGCCACUUUAAAAUCAAAAGCUAAUGAGUCUCAACUAGAAUUGCAAAAUCUUUAUCCAGAUCCUGAUCAAUAUUUUGAUAAAAGAGAUUAUGUUAUUGGGAUUGUUGCAAGAAAUGAUGCAAAACAAUAUAUUGAUUUGAUUACAAAUUUAGCAGAUGAAGAUGAAUCUACAGAUGAUUCACAAAAAGAUAAAAUUUUCAAACAAAGACAAUACUAUACAGUUGGAGUUGUAUGUUAUGCAUUGUUUUUAUUAAGACAUUGUAAAUGGCCACAUUCAAUUGAUAUUGUUAAAAAAUUGGAACAUAUUGUGGAUACUUUCAAGAAGUAG